AUGGCACCGAUCGAGCCUCCUGCGAGAGAAAUAGAACAGCUUGUUGAGAGAUUAAUAGAGUACAGAGUUGGCGCGUACGAGCGGUUUGAUGAUGCCCGGGACGGGGAAAUGGAUGGCUUCCGUUUGAAUAUCGUACUGUUUGGAAUGGCAGGGUCUGGAAAAUCAGCCUUGAUUAACACUAUCUUCGAAUGCUUGGAGACGGGUUCACGGCCUGCUGUAACCCAAACGACUGGAAGGGAAGGAACGAAGAUUUUAGAAGCUUGUGAUCUACCGAACUUUGUCACGAUCUAUGACACCAGGGGAUUUUUUGAUCUUGGCAGGAUAGAGGAAGGUACAAAAUCUUUCACUCCUAAAUCAUUUUAAAUUUGGAAAAUACGGUAUGUGUUUUUUAAUCCGGCGUGUAGAACCAUUAUUUUUAUUUCUUAACUAAGUGGAAAAAUUCAUAAAGUGAAACUGAUAGCGUUGAUGUUUCACUAAGCGAUACGUAUAACGACAGCAACUGUAAAAACCUCACUUUCCUCGAAAUUUUAUUUUGUCCAUCGUUUUUGCUAUUUUGAGGAUAAAACAAGAAGUUGAGAGGGAUGGGGUGAGGGAUGUUCUAGUAGAUGCGGAGGGUGACUGUAGUUGUCUUGAUUCCCGGAAGGACCCCGGAAGCAAGUCGUUUUUCAAAGCUUUAUUAUUUAUAAGUAAAGUUGCAAGCAUUAACAUUAGAGUUGCUUACCAUUUAUGUGGGGAAACCAAAAAUAUAUUCCAUUCCGUUGGAAAGCUUCAUAAAAUAUAAGGUUUCUCCCCACAAUAUACCCACACAAAAUCAAGGACAAGGGGUGGUCGCUGAUACAACGCGUCGUUCAUACGAUUUGUGCAAAAGAAGGCAAAAUCUUCUCCUCAGUUAUUCCAAGACUUUGAGUGUUGACCCUCUUGGGAACUGAAUGGGGUCUUGGGCUGUUAACUCUGCUGCUCGACCAUUUAAACUAUACAGCUUUCAGUACUGGUUAAGUGAUAUUGGAGGAAACUUAAGUCUAAAAUACUUAUGUUUCGGUUGUAUAGGGGAGCUGUUUCGCAUUAUUUAUGGCAUUGAGCGACCUGGAGAUGAUCUGACGCGAGAUUACACGAGUGCUGCAAAAGCAGUAGAAGGAGGGGUCGGUGCUCACAGGCUAAAAAAAAAGCCCAUUGCUGACCAAAUGCAUGUGAUACUGUGGGUAAUUAAAGCUAACGAUGUUAGAUUUGAAACUGGAAAGUACCAGGAGAUAAUCAAGUUUGUUCAACACCAGAUGAGAGAACAAAGUGAGUCCUUAAUAUUUCUCAAACUGAGGCACAUUUCCUAUACAAAGGUUCUUUUUAGCGGUUAAAUCGACAAAAAAAGGGUUUAACUCAAUCCCUUAAUCCCCCCAAUGAUCCCCGCGAAUUUCGAAUAAUCCCGAUCGAGAACACUAGAUGCUUUUCAGAAAGGGCUAUACAGAGGACCGUAGCCUGUUCCAGGCGUUCAGAUUGUGGGGACAGCGCCAGGUGGCGUAAGCAGCGAGGGGGUGGAGAAGGAAGUGAUGGCAAAGUUCCUGCCUCUCUCCCUCUCUCAGGCUUCUUAUUUUGUCUUGCUCUUUGACUCAGCACCCCACUCUAUUAUCUGAACGCCUGGAACAGGCUGAAAAGCCGAGACUUCUUCAUCUUAUUUGAAGAGCCAGUGGGAGAUAGAUGGAUAUGUAAAUUGGCACGGUCCCAGUAGCACACGAAAUCCGAGUGAAAUGCACUUUAUUAAGGCAAUGUGUAGAGAAAAAAAAAGUCUUCUUUGGACAAAACGGGUCACAGGGGGUGAGGGGGGGUGGGGGGAACGGUCUCCCAAAAAAUUUUUUCGGCCAUGACACAUGACACAUUUUUUAUUUAUUUGGAGUCUUAUACAAUAAAUAGUAUAUCAGCUAUUUCCAAAUAACUAAAAUUUCAAACAACAAAAAAUUCCUGACCAUAUGGUUAAUAAGUUAUUAAUCAAUUAAGUCCUAGAGUAUUUACUUUUUGCCGUCUUCUCCUUUCCUUUUAUCAAAGCAUUCGAAUAUAUCUUUUGCUAUUAGCCCUUCGGGCCUAAGUUUGGUCUAGAAAUAAGUGGGGGGGGGGGAGCCGGGUGCCCCGGGUCCCUCCCCUGGAUCCGCCACUGACAUAGUUUGAGCUUUCGCAUUGCCAGAAAUAGUGGACAUUUCGCGCCCGUGAUUAAUUGUCAGCGGAAUCUCAUUUCCAAAAUGGCGGACAAAAACGAUCGUAGUUAAGGAAAGCGUAUCCCCUGCGAUUUUUUAAAUAAUUUGAGCUCCGUGGAUCUGUUUAACGAAGAAAAAAGCUGGAAGGAAACAGCUUGCAAGAAAAUGUUAGGUUUAUACUCGGCCGAGCGGCUGAUAGCAACAAAACAGUACGCGGCUGUACCUUUCGUGACAUUUCCGUGACAUUUUCGUGACAAUUUUGUUUUAAAACCAAGCCUGGUAGGCUAAUCGAGGAUUUUUGAAUGCCUGGAACCUAGUUUAUAUCCCGUGAAGCAUCUCUGGAGUUGUAGCAACAACCAAAAUGGCGAUUCGGUGAGGUUUGGAGUUGUGAAGCUUUGUCCGACCGAAAUAAGUCAUUCGCAACUAUGGCGUCCAUUACUGGACUACAGAUGGAAAACUGAGGGAAAUAAUGCGCCUUUGGAAGUAUUUUCCAGUGCAAAAAUCGUCCUUUUAACGACUGUUUUGGAAACAUCUUCCAUCGCAGAAGUGAUAUCGAGUCGUGCAAAUUUACUUCAGUGAAGGGUUUAUCCUCUAAUCGACGAGUAUUUCGCAUGACUUCGGCAAGAUUUUAAGACAAUGUAUGGAGAAAUGGAGCGUACAACGAGAGAUAAAAGUGGCUACUUCGGGAAGUAAGUAAACCUACUUCUACUUAGCUAUUUUUAACCCAGAUGCGAAGGUUACACAGCACUUAACAUGUUUCGAGUCGUGUACCGAACACCCGUGAGCUCAUAAUCGAUAUAUUUGAAAAAGUUUCCUUUUCUCCAUACAUUUUCUUAUACGAAUUCGCAGCCAUUGUGGCCUUGGUGCGCACGCGCAACCGCCAUCUUGUCCCUAAUUUCUGGCAAUGAUAAGAGAGAAAUGGACGGUGGGAAUUAGGGAGAGUGAGUACGAGGAGUGCGUGCGAAACAUUCAGGGAGCCUUCCUGUCCCCCCUUAAUUCGUCCUUUCUCCUUCCUGCAAAACGCCUGCCAUGCAAGCUACAUGCGACUGUCAGCCUGAUGUCUAGUUUGGUUUUUGUUUUGUUUUUCUGUUUCUUUUAUCAUAGUUAUCACGAUCAUUACGGUCAUCACUUUUGACGAUGAAGUGCGGAGUAUGCCAAACCCUGGCGAACAAAGAAAAAAGUUAAAGGAAGCGGCGAGAGAUGUCACUGGAAGUGAGCCGCGGAAUGUCUUCAUGAUCGCGAACUCGAUACCUGAUGAAGAGUUUGAUCCAGCGUACAAGUAG